AUGCCGGGACAAGGGACCCGGCGCUCAGGGUGCGGCUCUGCCCCAGGGCUGCCCUUCAACUCCGUGUACUGCGCCAGCAAGUUUGCGGUGGAGGGGCUGUGCGAGAGCCUGGCCAUCGUCCUGCAGCCCUUCAACAUCCACUGCUCGUUGUUAAAUGGACGAUCUCUUGCUUCUCCACCCUCCCGGUGCCUGGCAGACAAGGUCCUGAUGGAGCUGAUCGAGCCGUACGAGCUGCGAGCGGCGAAGCUGCGCGAGUUCCUGGAGGACGUGAAGCCCUCACUGCGUUACGACAUCGUGCCUCUGGUCGACCCCUAUGGCCCCUCGGUGACGGACCCCGACCUGCAGUGCCUGGUGGUCAGCGAGGAGACCCGCAGGGGAGGGGAGGCCGUGAACAAGAAGAGACUUGAAAACGGGCUCCCUGAGCUGGCUCUCUACGAGAUCCUGUUGAUGAAGGACCCUGACCACAGUCAGAACGAGGAGGAGAAGAUCAGCUCCUCCAGCCUCCGGCAGAGGCUGCUGGGGACGCUGCUGCGGCCCCCGCGGCAAGACCCUGCCUUGCCUUCGCGCCCGUACGUGAUUGGCCUGACUGGAGGAACCGGGAGUGGGAAAACCUCCAUCGCCAAACUCCUGGGGCACCUGGGAGCGUUCCUCAUCGACGCUGACAAGCUGGGCCACGCCGUCUAUGUCCCCGGUGGCCCUGCCUACGAGCAGGUGGUGGCGGCCUUUGGGGCAGAGAUCUUGAAUGAAGAUGGGACGAUUAACAGGAAAGUCCUUGGGGCCAAAGUGUUUGGAAACCAGGAGCAGCUGAAGAGUCUCACGGACAUCGUGUGGCCUGAGAUGGCGCGGAUGGUCAAGGAGCGGAUCGGGGAGGCGGAUGCUCAAGGAAAGGCCGUGUGCGUGCUGGACGCUGCCGUGCUGCUGGAGGCUGGCUGGCAAGCCAUGGUCCAUGAGGUGUGGGCGGCCGUCAUCCCGGAGGAGGAGGCUGUGAAGCGCAUCAUGGCCAGGGACGGGCUGAGCGAGGAGGCUGCUCGCAGCCGGCUGCGGAGCCAGAUGACCAACAGCCAAAGGGUGGAGCAGGCGCAGGUGGUGCUGUGCACGCUCUGGGAGCCGGAUGUCACCCGCAAGCAGGUGGAGAAGGCCUGGGACCUCCUGCAGCAGCGCCUGAGCCGGGAGCGCACGCUCUUUAUGGACAACGCUAGGAAGGGCAGCAUAGUGUCGCGAGCCAACAGCAUCGGCUCCACCAGCGCCUCUUCUGUCCCCAAUACAGAUGACGAGGACAGCGAUUAUCAGCAGGAGCCCUACAAGGAGUCGUACAAGGACCGGCGCAGGCGGGCGCACACCCAGGCGGAGCAGAAGAGGCGAGACGCCAUCAAGAAAGGCUACGAUGACUUGCAGGCCAUCGUUCCCACCUGCGAGCAGCAGGAUUUCUCCAUAGGCUCCCAGAAGCUGAGCAAGGCCAUCGUCCUCCAGAAAACCAUCGACUACAUCCAGUUCCUGCACAAGGAAAAGAAGAAGCAAGAGGAGGAAGUUUCUACCCUCAGGAAAGACGUGAUGGCCUUGAAGAUCAUGAAAGUGAACUACGAGCAGAUUGUGAAAGCUCAUCAGGACAACCCGAACGAGGGGAAGGAGCAGGUCUCUGACGAGGUGAAGUUCAAUGUUUUCCAAGGCAUUAUGGAUUCCCUGUUCCAGUCCUUUAACGCCUCCAUCUCAGUCACGAGUUUUCAGGAGCUCUCGGCUUGCGUCUUCAGCUGGAUUGAGGAGCACUGCAAGCCCCAGACGCUGCGGGACAUCGUGAUCGGGGUCCUGCACCAACUGAAGAGCCAGCUCUACUGA